CUUCCCACAGGUCUCUGUGUAAUCUGUAGACCAGCGAGAGUGCUGUAGCCUAUGAUUUACAAAUUCUACCAUCCGUCCGAUCCAGGAAAAGGGUUUUUGUGUUUUUUUUUUGUAAGAGUGCAUUUCCGUGGCUUCCAUGCCCUGCAGCGAGAUGAGUCCCGAAGCCUCUUCAGCCUCAUUCCCAAAGAAAGAGCAUAAGGAGGGGAGAACGGAGAUGGAGGAGCAGAAAGUGGCUGGCCAUGAAGCACGAGGAGGCCACCAAGUCGAGGAGAUAUUAGGGGUGGGGGCAGCUGGCCCGGAUCUACACUGCCAGCAGUUCAGGAACGUCCGCUACCAGGAGGCCCAGGGACCCCGGGAGAUUUGCACCCAGCUCCACCACCUUUGUCACCGAUGGCUGCAGUCUGAGAAGCGCACCAAGGCGGAGAUGCUGGACCUGGUGGUGCUGGAGCAGUUCCUGGCCGUCCUGCCCCCGACGAUGGGGAGCUGGGUGCGAGAGUGCCAGGCAGAGAGCACCUCCCAGGCGGUGGCGGUGGCCGAAGGCUUGCUCCUGAGUCAGGCGGAGGAGGAGGACAAGGAGCGGGCGGCGGAGAAGCAGGUAAAAGAGAAUUUAUUCCCAGGGGCCCAGUAUUCUCCAGAGGCGUCGAGCGCUCUAUCAGAUCCCAUCCUGAAAUUGCAGUUCAAGUGGAUCAUGCUGGAGCAAGACACCACUUUCCUCGACUGGUUGAAGGGAGCGAGCUCCAUGUGCGGGGGAUGCCCCCCUGCUCGCGCACAUAUGGGGAUCUGUGAGGAGGUAGUCGUGCAUUUUACAGCGGAGGAGUGGGCGCUGCUGGAUCCGGAUCAGAAGGCCCUGUACUGGGAGGUCCUGCUGGAGAAUUACAGGAACGUGGCAUCGCUGGGGCUUCCAGUUCCCACAUCUGAUGUCCUUUCUUGUCUGGAAAAAAGCGACGGUCCGUUCGUGGAGGGGAGCAAAGAAGGAGAGACGCCUGACGUUACAGCACCUGUGGGCGAAAAACCCAACAAAUGUUGUGAGUGUGGGAAAGGAUUCAGCACUCGAGGAAACCUGAUGGUACAUAAGAGGAUCCACACGGGGGAGAAGCCCUAUGAAUGCUCCGAGUGCGGAAAGCGCUUCACCCAGAGCAUGUACCUCAAGAGGCAUUGGAUGACCCACGCAGAGAAGAAGCCGUACAAAUGCGCGCAGUGUGGGAAGGGCUUCAGCGACAAAAGUGGCUUCAACCGGCACCAAAGACUCCACGUAAGGGAGAGAUUUUACCACGGCUGCUCCGAGUGCGGGAAAAGCUUCCAGAACAGAGCGCGCCUUGAAAGGCACAAAAUAAUUCACACGGGGGAGAAGCCCUAUAAAUGCUCGGAAUGUGGGAAGCAGUUCAUAUAUAGGUCAGACUUUUGCCUACAUCAAAGAGUCCACACGGGCGAGAAACCCUAUAAAUGCACGGACUGUGGAAAAGGCUUCAGCCAGAGCGCACACCUUAGAAGACAUCAAAUAAUACAUAGAAAGGAGAAGCCUUAUAAAUGCCCCGAGUGUGGGAAAAGCUUCACUCAGAGAACCCACCUGAGCAGACAUUUGAGAAGCCAUAUAAGAAAGAAAUCCUAUAAUGGCUGCUCAGAGUGUGGGAAGAACUUCCUCAGCCCCACACAUCUUGAAAGCCAUCAAAGGCUGCACACGGGGGAGAAGCCCUAUAAAUGCUCGGAAUGUGGAAAGCAAUUCAUAUACAGCUCAGACUUCUAUUUACAUCAGAGAGUCCACACGGGGGAGAAACCCUAUACAUGCGUAGAGUGUGGGAAGAGCUUCAGCCAGGGCUCAAACCUCAGCCGGCAUCAAAGAAUGCACGCCGAGGAGAAGCCCUAUAAGUGUGCCGAGUGUGGGAAGAGCUUCAGCCAGAGAACCCACCUCAACAGGCAUGAAGGGAUCCACGCCAGGGAGAAAUCCUAUAGCGAUUGCUUGGAGUGUGGGAAAAGUUUCCACAAUCGCAUCCAGCUGGAGAGUCACAAGUGGAACCACACAGGGGAGAGACCUUAUAAAUGUUUAGAGUGUGGGAAGCAAUUCAUGUAUGGCUCGGACUUCUGUAUACAUCGAAGGAUCCACACUGGGGAAAAGCCGUACCAGUGUGCCGACUGCGGGAAGAGCUUCAACCGGGGCUCAAACCUCCACAGACAUCUAGCAGUACAUGCAGAGGAGAAGCCCUAUCAAUGUUCAGAGUGCGGAAGGAGCUUCAGUCAGAGAACCCACCUCAAUGUCCAUCAAAGGAUCCACAGGGGGGAGAAGUCCUAUAAAAACUUAGUACAGUGGUGCCUCGCGUAACGAUUGCCUCGCUUAACGAGGGAAUUGCCUGACAAUUAGGUUUUUGCAGUCGCAAAACGAUGUUUUAAAUGGGUUUUUUUCGCAUUGCGUCGAUCAAAAUAGCUAAUCGUCAGGUUUUCAAAAUGGCUGCCAGCUGUGCUUAGGGACGGAUUCCUCACUAUACAGGCACCAAAAAGG